CGCGGCCUGCACCCCCCCCCCGCGCCGGGCCGCGCCAGGCCGGGGCUGCGCCCCCCCCCAACCCGGCGGGCAGAACCCCGGGGCCAUCUCCGGGUAACGGCCCCUGUGACCUCAGCCCCAGGCCCCCCGGCAGCGUCCCCGGCCCCGGGCGCCCCUGGGGGGGUAAGGGGGGCCAGGGCAGGAUGAGUGUCACCAUCACGCUGGCAGAGCUGGCGGACAUGGCCUUCGGCACGGCCGGCGGCGGUGGGCCCCUGGUCCGCGGCCUCCUGCGCGGCCUCCUGGAGCACCUCCACCCGCCGGAGGCCGCGGGGCGGGCCGGGGAAGACGAGAGGGGUGUCCUGGAGCCCUCCGCCUGCGCGCCCCGAGGGAAGCCUGGCUCUCUCCAUCAGCAGGGGCAGCCGAGCCACAGCAGCGGGCCCCUGGGCACGGCGGAGCCGCCAGCCCCUGGCAUGGCGGCCAGCAAGGAGUGGCAAAUGGUGCAGCUGACGAAGAGGAUGGAAGUGGCCGAGGAGGGGAUGACGAAGGUCAUGGACAUGCUGCAGGAGAUGCUCACCACCAUCUGCUCCUUGAAAACCACUGUCGAGGGCUUCCAGGAGGAGCUGCAGCUCCUGAAGGACAAUUUCCAGAAGGCUGGUCUGGAGGAGGCACGGGAGCAGUCGGUGCAGCAGGAUGAGCACGGCCACCUCCUGCAGAGCAUCCUGGAUCAACUGGUGGAGGUGCAUCAGGAGCUGCGCAGGAGCAAUCUCUGUGGGGUGCCCGCUGUCAAGAAGCUCUCUGGCCAGGAGCUCGGUCCCAAGCCUUCGCGGGAGCUGGCCCGUGAAGCCUCGUGCAGGUUGAGCUGGCUGCUGGAGCAGCAUGAGGCUGUGGGGACCCAUGUCAGCCGUUGUGAGAGCCAGCUCCAGCAAAACACCGACUCGGGGACCUUGGAGGACGUGGCUGCCCAAUCGGAGAAGGUGCCAAGUGAGAUGAGGCAACUUCAGGAUGGAGGAGAGAAGGGGCGGGAUUUCAGCAGGGAGGUGCUGGGCCAGGUGGGGCAGCUGCAGGAGCAGUGCACAAGGCUGCAGGAAACCGCGGGGCAGCUGUGGUGUGACACCAUGAACACCCAGAAAGCAGAGAAGGCUGUGCUGGAGACCAAAGCAAGCCAGGAGGAGCUGCAACAAGCCAUAGUCCAGCUGAGCGAGAUGAUGCAGGACCUGGUGCAGAGGAUGUCCCUGAUGGAGCAGGACAGGCAGAAAGCCCUGGAGAAUUUCCUCAGUGAGAUGGACUCCAAGCUGGACUGCACAGUGCUGGCUCCCCUGCAAGCACAGCUGGAGCCGGUGUGGAAGCUCACCCAGCAGUGCCUCUGCCAGGGACCCUGCUGCGGUGCCAACCAUGGCGCCGGCUUCAAGAGGCAGCUCUUUGAUCCAGUAAAGUGCAUCUCCUGUGACAGACCCCUGGCCGAGACUCGGGCGCCGCACUUGGUGACCAUCCAAAAGGACAGUCAGCUCCUCCAGCCCCAGCCAGCCAGCGCCUGCGGCUCCAACUGCCCGAUACAGCGGCUGCCGGCGAGGGAGAGCGAAGGGAGUGGUAGGGCCAGCCGGGGUCCCGCGAGUCCUGCCGGGCCACUGCCCACCUCCAGCUCCCUCAUCACCAUCUGUUCUUGCGGACACCCGGCAGACUUCAUCUGCAAGAACGGAGAAGUGGAUAUUUUGGGCAUCAACAGGGUGGUCUACAAGGGCCGGCUGAGCUCGCCAGCUGCCAACAGGACUGUCACCAUGGACAAAGACUUCCCAGCAACAAAGACCCCCCAGCCCCGCUGCCGGCACACCACAGAGAAGAUUCGCCGCGUCCCCAAGUAUGGCAGCCACUACGUGUCCCCAUACUCAUGCGCUGCUACGCGGACAAAGACAAGCUCCUUGGGGGACCGGUGGCAGGCUGGCACUGGUGGCAGCAGGACAGUGGGCGUCUGAGCCGGCCAGGGGGCCGUGAAAUGGUGUGGGGAUCUGGGGAGGGGGGCAGGAGUACCAGGGCUGCGCUGCCUGGCCUCAGGCAGGGGCCACACUGCCCUGGCCGCCACUCAUUGCCGUGGGGGUAACACUGUGGGCCAUAAAGAUGCUCCCUCCUCUGUCA